AAAAAUAUUGACGUUGACAGAUUUUCGUGUCGAUUGGUUUUAUUUUUGUUUGUUUGAUUAUUUAGAUUUUUUUAUUAUUACUAUUGCGUUAUUAAUUUAUCCAGCGAAGACAUUGUGAAAAUUAAUUUAAAUAAUAAAGAUGUUGAAUGUAGCGUCAUCGUGUCGGACUUGUAUGAAAGAUGACGAACGUAAUUUAGUAAAUUUGUUUGAAAGUGUUAAAGUUGAAGAAGGUUUUAACAUUGAAUUAGCUACUAUGUUGAGAGAAUGCACAACUGCCCAGGUAUCAAAUGAAGAUGGUUUGCCACAAAACUUAUGUCAUGAAUGUGUUAAAUUAUUACAAUCUACAUACUCAUUUCGGAACCAAGUGGCAAAAUCAGAGGCAGAGCUAAAGAGACUCAUCGAAAUACAAGUUAAAAACGAACAAAUAGAAUUUGACAUUAAGGCAGAAACGGAUCAAGAUUUUUUCGAUUACAAUGAAGACUACAAUUUUGAAACAUUCCCAAAAUGUGAAGUUGAUAAUUAUGAAUAUAAUAAAUGUGAUACAAAUUCUAUAUGGGAGCAUAUGCUGGGUCAGGAAGAUAAUGUGAAAGCAGAGUUUAGUCGGAAGUUCAAUUGCACUGAAUGUAAUGAGGUGUUUGUGAAGAGCCGGUGCCUUUCCAUGCAUAUGAAAAAACAUAAAACAGAAAAAUCGAGUGAAAGGGAAAAGUUUAUUUGUGAUGUUUGCGGUAAAAGUUUCUCUAUGAAGACCCUGUUGAGGAGGCAUCUUAAGUUGCACAGUGAUGUGAAGCCGUUUAAAUGUACAAAAUGCACUAAAUCAUAUUCAAGACAGGACCAGUUGAAUGAUCAUAUGAAAAAACACAAUGGUGUCAAGCCUAAUGUUUGUACAUACUGUAAAAAAGCAUUCUCACAACUAUGCAAUCUGAAGGAUCACCUGCGCACGCAUACUGGGGAGACGCCAUACUUGUGCUCACAAUGCGGCAAAGGGUUCAGCAACAGCUCAAACCUGCGUCAACACAUGAUGCGCCACACCGGACUCAAGCCGUAUGCCUGUAAUAUGUGCCCGAAGACAUUCUGCACUAAAGGUCAAAUGACGUCGCACAUUACAACGCACACGGGCGCGCACCCGUACAAGUGCGACGAGUGUGGCGCCACCUUCACGAAGCCCAACUCGCUCAAGAAGCACUCCUUCAUACACUCCGGCCUGCGCCCCUUCGCCUGCGACACUUGUAACAUGCGUUUCACAUGCAAGGAUCACCUGAAGCGACACUACCGCAUCCACACCGGCGAGCGGCCGUACAAGUGCAACAUCUGCGAGCGAGCCUACUCGCAGAGCAACGACCUCGUCAAACACACGAGAUCGCAUCUCGGACAGAACAUAUACCAAUGUACGAUCUGCGGCGUUCGCUUCAGACUGGCCAGCGAACUGAAACUCCAUUAUCCAGUCCACUUCAACGGCGAGCAACCCAACCAACAGCAGAUAGCAGAGCACAGCUUCAACCGGCCCAUAGACACGGACAUCCCAAUGGACCAUAAACAAGCGGACAAGGAGAUAGAAACCAUAAAGAAUGCGACCGACGGACGGUUUACGAUAACAAUAAAUAGCUGUGAUGAUAAUGGUGUUGUUAUAAAUAUAAGUCAGGAGAAAAGUUAGGAUAUUAGGGCACGAUUGUGCUUCAUUAAAAAAUAUUACGAUUUAUGGAUGUCGGAAAUGGAUACGAUAAAUCGUAUAGUGAGCUCUCUGAAGUAAUUUUAUGUCGUACGACUUAUUUCGUAAAAGAAAACUAAAACGCGUAGCGACUUCAAGGUCAUGUUAGAGCCUGGCCAGAAAAAUAAAAACCUCGCCAUAUUGUCGGGAACAUGGAACUAAUUUCUUGUACAACAACGUUAACUUUAGAUCGAAGUACCAAAAGUGGCGACCCAAAGGUUUUCCAUUUUCCUGGUGAGGUCAUACACCAAAACUAGCGCAGGUUUGUAAGGCAUGUUGGUAGUCAGCUCAUACCAUUGGCUGUCACUGUCGCGUGGAAGGAGAAAUGUGGGGCUUAGUAAAAAUUUUAAUAACAUAUUUCCUAAUUUCAGUUUUUAUGUUAGGGAUACUAUUCCUUUUUAAAACUCCGCAUCCGAACUUUGGUAUAUAAGGCCCUUAAGGAAUUCUAUGGUUAAACUGUAACAGAGGUUAUGUAGCAACAAAUAAAAAUGAUAAAUACAAUGAUAAUAUUAUUAACGCAAGGAACCUUCCCAGAGAUGGAGUGACUCUGAAACUGAUUUUGUUUUGUUUCAAUGGCAUCGUAAUGAAAAACAAUGAGUUCCUAAACUGCAGAUAACAUUAGGAAUUUGUAAGAUUAAAUGAUGAUAAUUUUAAUGAUAAAUGAUGCCUAAAGUUUUACACAAUUCAUCAAUCGGCCUAUUCGAGUGAAUAUAAAUAAUGUAAUAACUUCAAACGUAAAGGUUCGUGGGAAAGCUUCGAAAUUACCAUAAUUGGACAUAUGAAAUUACAAAGGGGGCUGCCAUAUGCCACACGUAAAUGUUGUUGGAUCAAAAUAGAUAUAAAAAAGACAACCGUACGGCCACGAGCGGCUGAGCGAGUGGGUAGGGAGAAAAAUAAUUGUAUGAAUCCUUUCAUAAAUUAUUAAUCGUGGAUAUUUCAUCAGAUUUCGAUGAUUUAUUCUGCUUUAGAAUUAAUACGAUAUAUUUUAUAAAAUAUGUCGUAUUAAUUCCCGCAACCCGCGCCGUGAAACAGCACUCGAUUGGCUGUUCUAAAAUGGCGUUAAAUGCACUUGUUGCUUUUAAGCUGUAUUUAUGUAAUUAAUUAUUGCGAAUACAUGAAAUUCAGUUUUAUUGUUCAAUAUUUUCUGAUGUAAGUGUCGGCUUGUUACGCGAUUAAUAGCACUAUUCAAUCGACAUUUAGUCAAGGUAGCAUCGAAAAGUAGGCAAUCGAAUGUCAGUCAUGCUAGUAAAAAAAUCUAAAUCUAAGCGUUUUUGUUUGUAUACAUACACCUAUAGUUGUGUUGUCUUAGAUGAUAGAUAUUUUGGUCCUUCGAGCCAAAUGAUGUUACAUAUACACCAAAAUACGUGCCUAAACGCUUCGUUUUCUCGUCUUUGAACAUGAAAAUUGCGUUUUAAUCAGAUCAAAUAAUAUUACAAAAUCCAAAUUACCUACUAGAGUUCAUCUUUAAAUAUUUUUCGUAGAUUGUAUGUGUUGAUGAUAUACCUGGCAAUAGAUAUCUGGCAUACUUAUUUAUAUGUUUGUAUUGAAAUAAAUAUGCCCCUGUUUUUAUGAAAUAUACUGUUCAAUGAAAUAAAAAAUCGUAAAAUACAUUUUGAUACAAGUAAUAUAUAACAUGAUUGCAAUAAUAGGUAAAAUACUUGUCAGAUACAUUUUAUCAACACAUAAUGGGUUAUCGUUUCUUGCCUUAAGUUCUAUUAAGACGACAAGGGUCUAACACGCCGUUAUAAUAUUCUAUUAAAACACGUGUUUAAACUCAACACGAGCUUCGUACGGUACACGCGUAUUAUCUAAAUAUUCUCUAUUGCUGAGGCCACACUAAUGUUUAUGUCAUUAUCGCAAUAAGGCGUGGAGAUUCUGAAUAAAAUGAUAAAAGGGUAAUGACGUGGAAUUUUGAGGAAAGUAUGGUACUGGUGCUAAGUCUCAUACGUGAAAGCCCCCCUGGGUGGGUACCACCGCGAUGAAUAUUUCUGCCGCCAAGCAGCAGUGUGUAGUCACUGUUGUGUUCCCGUUUGAAGGACAUUGUAGCCAGUGUCACUAUUAAACAUAAGACUUAAUUCAUGUCUCAGGAUGGCGAGCGCAGUGGAAUACCAAACAAUACUUUGUAAUUUAAGGUGUUGGUGUUUCUACUGUUUAUGGGCGGUCGUAUCGCUUAUCAGGCGAACGGUAAGCUCAUUCAUCAUUCAAAGCAAAAAAAUCGUGGCUUGCGCAUCGUUUUAGUUAUUGCGAUAAAGCAAUUACACAUUAGUGUGGUCUUAUUUAAAUAUACUCAUUCGUUACAAAAAUAUUUAAUAAUAUAUUUUUAAAAUGAAAUACCUAUUACGUCAGUAUUCUAUGUUAUUUAUGAAAUUGUUUUUAUGUAAACUAUCGAAUCAAAAUUUGAUAUUGGUAUUUUUAAUUCCAACUUAGUAUAGAUUUUUCGUGCUUAUGGUGCGUUAUAUAAAGUUUAUCUCAUUGCAUUUAGUUGGUGUACAAAUACAUACAAAUUAUUAGCUAAUAUUGAAUUAUUUAGUAAUGUAUUAUAAUUAAGGUUAUUAUCAUUGACCAUAUCUCGGUGGUAAAUUAGCGAAAUGAGUUGACGUUGGUAAGCAUUUUUAUCGUAAUUAGUAGGAAAACUUAAAAAAAAAUGGUUGUUUCAAAUUUGUAUGUCGUUCGGAUUGCGAUGGCUGCGCAAGAGUGUGUUAAGUGUAAUCCAUUAGCCAGUAUUAGGAAUGUUAUAUAUCUACCCACAUUUAAAUAUUUUAUAUCUGUUGUCAGGGGCAUAUCUACCGCCGUAUCGGUAAUACGGGGCUCCUGAACGCUAGGGCCCUUCUUAGGCCAUACCUACAUUAAAUUAAACGGGCGGCUAAAAGUUCGCACUGUCCUGAAGGGUCCCAACAAAUUUUGAUAUAAGGCCUUUUUAAAGCAAGCGACCCCACUGUUGUUAAUUAUAUCCUUAACCAAGACAACGGUAUUUAUUUAAAGUAUACUUCACUAAUAGAUACAGAAUUAAACCAUGGAAUUAUAUUUGUAAGGAAUUCCGCAUUUAUAUUAGAUAUUAUUAAUAAGUGGAUCGAUAUUUCUAAUACUGGUCAGUGAAUACAUUAUAUAAGAAUGCAUGCUAUAACAAACAACUUUUUUCGUUAAUAUACUGUACCUUAUGAAUAAACGCAUAGUGCCUAUUUUACAAUAAAAGACAAAUAUAUGUUUGACAAUGAACGUU